AUGGGAAAGAUGACAUCGUAUUUGCUCAAGUCACAGCACAGCACAGCCAUCUGUCUGUUCCUCCGGCCAAGCAGGACAUUCUACAACUUCGCUAUGCCGGCGUUGGUCGGCAACAGAAACCCAUCUUCGACGGCCAAAAUACAGACUCUCUACACAUUUUCCAAGUAUUCCAUCGUUCAAUGUACUGUAUUUCUUCAAUGUGAGCCUCUUCCAGUGCAUUCCCCACGUAAAACAGCCCACAGCCCGUCCUGCACUGGAGCACAAAAACCGCAUGCACCACUUACAUACCGGCAUCAAAUCCUGACUUAUAUUAUCCUUGUGAAAAAUACUGUUAGUAUUCCUCUCGACUCAAUCGGGGUCCGGCAAGGCCCCGACGGGAUGCUCGUUUUCAUUCGGUAA